AUGUCGACCCAACUCCCCGACACGCCUGCUUGUGCGGAAUAUGAUCCCACAGUCAACCCCGGCAGCUAUGGCUACCGUCCGAGCCUAGCCUGGGGGAUCACAUUUACAGUGCUGUUUUCGUUAAUAGCAGCGGCCCAGCUCUUCCACAUGCUACGGACCCGGGCUUUCUGGACCUUCUUCUUCAUUGUUGGGGCUAUUCUGGAGAUCAUCGGUUGGGUCGGGAGGACCGUUAGCUACCAUUGCCCGUACUCGCGGCCGUGUUUUCUCAUGCAGACCGCGACUCUCAUCAUGGGACCCUCCUGGACCCAGGCCGGCAUUUACGUCACGCUGUGGGUUCUGAUUCAGAAUAUCGGUCGACAUGUCUCCCCCUUCCCCCCGAAAACCUACCUGUUCGUCUGUUUCUGCAUCGAUGUGAUCUGCCUCACCACUCAAGCAACGGGUGGUGGGCUGGCCGGGAGCGCAUAUACUGAGGGGAAGUCAACGCAGCCGGGCACCAUCACAAUGGUUGUAGGGAUCAUCGCGCAGUUGGCCGCAGCGGUCGUCUUCUCAUUACUUCUUGGGUUCGUUCUAUACCGGGGCUCUCACGAGCUUCGCGUGAACCGGCCCCUCUUCUACGUCGCGGCCGCUACCGUUUUCGCGACAUCAAUGAUGAUCAUGCGUAACGUGUACCGGUCAAUUGAACUUACCGAGGGGUGGCGAGGGUACCUCAUUACUCAUGAGAAAUAUGUGCUCGCCUUGGAUGGGCUGCCGAUGGUCUUGUCGAUGGGUAUUUUUGUCUUCUUCAACCCAGGAGCUCAGUUUGGGCUACAGGCGGGGAGGAGGGAGAGGGACGAGCAGGAGGAGCUUGAGCUUUCGCAACAGGAGGGGGAGAGGCCGAGGAAGCAUAAGCUGGAGCGCUAUUUCCAGCUGUGA